GGCCCGCGCAACGGAAGCACACAAUUAAGGUAGGCUAGAGUGCGGAUAGCUCCGUCCCUGUUCUCGUUUUGGGCACCUUGUCGGGGCUUGCCCCUCCAAGACUGGGCCCAUGAUCCGGAUGUAAUGACUUUCGCCGUCGCUGUCACCCUGGAGUCGGUGAUAACCACCAUGGAAAUAACCGAAUCCGCGUUUCUCCUCAGAUAUUGAUCCUUAGUCCAUUAAGUGGAUGAAGAUCAGGUGGCUGAGAGCCAUUGCUAUAAGCCCCGAAGGAUUAAUAAAACAUGGCACGUGUGCUCCUUACCGGUGGCAGCGGCUUCAUCGCUAUGCACAUUAUCAAGGUGCUACUGGAGCAAGGCCACUCAGUAAUUACGACUGUGCGGAGCCAGGCCAAGGCAGAUAUCAUCAGUCAGUCAUUCUCUGGAUAUUCGCCCGAUAAGUUAGGCUUUGUCUUCGUUCCCGACGUUGGACAACUUGGGGCCUUUGACGAGGCCGUCCGAUCUGACCCCCCAUUCGACGCCGUCAUACACACUGCGAGCCCCGUCACAUACGAAGUCAAAAACAUUCAGGCAGACUUGAUCAGCCCAGCUGUUGAUGGGACCACCAAUAUUCUUCAAGCUAUCAAGGCGGGAGCCCCGACGGUCAAGCGAGUGGUGAUCACGGGGUCCUUUGUCUCUAUGUUGGAUAUGUCAAAGGGUCUUUGGCCCGGCCAUACGUACGACGAGACAGACUGGAACCCCAUCACGGCCGAGGAAGCACUGGAGAAUCCAGCUAGCGGCUACGCAGCAAGCAAAACGUUCGCAGAGAAGGCGGCGUGGAACUUUCAGAGUGAAGAGUCUCCGGGCUUCACGCUGUCUGUCAUUUUGCCCCCUCUUGUUUUCGGUCCGGUGUUGCAGCGUCUGAACAAUCUGGACUCCCUCAACGAGUCAAACCAGUUCAUAAGAAGCUUUUUCAACGGAUCGAUGGACACCGCAAUACCCACUGCCGAGUAUCCCGUUUUUGCCGACGUCCGUGAUAUAGCUUUGGCCCACGUACGGGCCAUGGAAGAGCCCGAGGCGGGAAACAAACGCUUCUUCGUCGCCAACGGCCACUAUUCGAACCGUGAUAUUAUCGGCAUAAUUCGCGAAAGAUCUGCCAAAUAUCGUCACAGUCUGCCAUCGGAACAUUUGCCAGGUGGUGAAUUGCCAGAAGACGUGUUUGCUAUCAACACCCAACGUUCUGUGAACAUUCUAGGAAUGGAGUAUCGGACUUUGGAGGACUGUAUUGCCGACACUGUCGAAUCUUUCGGGGCCGUAGAGUCGCGAGACACCUAGGCAAGGACGGAAGAGUACAAGCAGGCGUGGGAAAAACUGUACGAGCCCGGCACAGGAAGCUGGAUGACCGAUCGUUAACUUUCAGGGUCAUGGUUCACUCGUUGAAUAGGGUUUUAGAUCGCUCGUAUGCUUCGGAAAUUUGGGCCGCUAUCAUGCCUAAGCUUAUUCAACCACAAGGUUCAAACUGUUCCCAACAACACCCAAGCGUGAAAUAAGAGUCAAUAUCAUUGCAUCGCCCAUUCGAAUGGGAAAUCCAUGGCAAGCACAGGAAAUCUCAACAGCCUACGAAAGCCGUUCGACAAGGUACGUCAUGGAUGUGAGUCAAUAGAAUGUACGCAGAUCUCCAGUGAAGACCGUAGGUUAUGCCAAUGGCUUUGCUGAGGAUAUAAUGCCGAACCCGAAAGUAAAGCAAGCA